CAGAAGCGGAGCACGGAUGGGAGCAGAGGCGAAGCAGGCCCGCUACCCCCAAGGCCGCAUGGACCCAACCCCAAGGCGACUCUGAAGUGCCCGUGCCCUAGAGCUGGCAGGGUCACCGCCGACGCCUCAGCCCCGAACCCUCCGCCUCUCACGCGCGUCGCCGCCAUCGCCAUCCCCGUUCUACCUCAUCGCAUCUUUUACGUGCCUAUCCCGCCCGCAAUUUGAUUCCCAGCUCGUUUCCCCCAAACUUGGGUGUUCUACUGGAAAGCAGGAAUGCCGUAAGGAUUUGCCGUGGAAUAUAUAUGUCUGAAGGACAGGAAUGUUGUAAGCAAGCACCGAGGAUUGGUCUGCGGCCAUGGAGAAUGAUCAUGGAGAUGGGGAUGAUCUGGGGUCAGGGUGGUUUGAAGUGAAAAAGAAACAUCGGUCCAGCUCAAAAUUCACACUUCAGAGGUCUUCAGGAAGUUCCAGUCAUAAACCUCCAAACUUGUCAUCGCGCCCUCAGACCAACUGUGGUGGUGACAGUUCAAGGUGGUAUGGUAGGCUGCAAUAUCGACCUCAGAGCACAAAUGUUAAUGUUGGUGUUGGUGAAUUUGGUAGUAAUGACACAACUCAAGAUCAUCGUGAAGAAUGUGUUGAUGCAGGCGCUAGCAACCUUAAGACUGGAUUCAAUGUUUCAGCCUCAGAGCAUGCAGUGAACAAGCCUGAACUGCUGUUGGCUGAAGAAACAAGUGAACCUCCCAAAACUGAUAUGGUUGAUCAAACUGAUCUUUCAGGGCCUCAUGAAUCUUCCAACUAUUCAAAUGGUCUUAAAGAAAUUGUUGAACAUUCUGAUCAUGUCCUGGACCCUCCUAAGACAGAGACAGUAGUUGUUUUGUCCAACACUUCUGUCAAGUUCGGAGAUUUUGAUGAAGUCCCAGGUCAAGCAUUACCCUCAGACUCCUCCAGAGAUAAUAAUUCUUCUAGAAAGUACAUGGACGAUGAAGAUGCUACACAAUUCAGAAAUGAAUCAAAAGAUGAAAGUAAACUUGAAGAUGAGAUGAAUUCUAAUACAAAUUUUGAUACAUCUCCUAUCAUGAUUCAUGCAGCAGAGCCACCCAGUGAAAAUAAGAGAAAUCCAUUGCAUCCAUGUGAAAUACCAGAUAGUCCUGUAGAUGUUAGUGAUUCAACUACCUUAGCUGAUCCCCUCUCCCUGCCCUGCUCAAAUAAUGAUCUUGAAGUUCCUGUUACGUCUACCUCCGUUGCGUCCAUGGAAAGCCAAAUACCACUUAAUAUUCAUUCAACAGCUUCUGUAUAUUUUGGAGGUGAAACUUCUGAGAGCAAAGAAAGAUUCAGACAGAGGCUCUGGUGUUUUCUUUUUGAGAAUCUGAAUAGGGCUGUGGAUGAACUGUACCUCCUCUGUGAAUUAGAAUGUGACAUGGAACAAAUUAAUGAAUCCAUGCUCGUUCUUGACGAAGCUACAGCUGAUUUUCAAGAACUAAAGUCCAGGGCAGAACAUUUUGAUAACACCAAAAAAUCUCCUAGUUUACCAAAGGAAGGGAUGCCAAUGACUGUGAAAGCUGACCAUCGGAGACCUCAUGCAUUGUCUUGGGAGGUCAGACGGAUGACAAGUUCGCCACAUAGGCAAGAGAUAUUGUCUUCAUCUCUAGAGGCCUUCCAGAGGAUUCAAUUGGAAUUGGCAUGCAAGCAGGCUGGUAUAACAGCAGAGAGUUUUACAUCCAGCUCUUCUGGAGAAGUUUCAAGUAGGUCCUCAAAGAUGACUACAGCAUCAGCAACUGUUGGGAAUAUCAGUUUGAAAGUAGAGAGUCAUGUAAAACUUUCUGAUAGUAGUGAGAGAAAAGCUACGGAAGAGAGACAGAGAAAGGAGGUAUUGAAGUCAGGUAGAUCAUUCCCACAAAGUAUGCCUUCAUCUUCUACAAAGAGUAGAAGAGGGGCACUAGAACCAAUCUCUGAGAUCGAUAAACUCACUUUUAAGAAGGACAAGGAACUGCCAGAGAGCAAAUUUGACAGGCUCAAGUCAACGGAUAUUCUGAAAAGGAGUACAGCCCAUCUUGAAAAGGAGAAGCAAAAUACAGCACACUGGAAGUCAAUGGAUGCCUGGAAAGAAAAAAGAAACUGGGAAGAUAUACUGAAAUCUCCUGUUCGGAGUUCUCGUGUCUCUCAUUCCCCUGGUGUUGGCAGAAAAGUUACAGAGCGUGGUCGUGUUCUACAUGACAAGUUAAUGUCUCCCGAAAAGAAGAAAAGAAGUGCUUUGGAUACUAAAAGAGAAGCAGAAGAAAAGCAUGCACGGGCUUUGCGAAUUAGGAGUCAGUUAGAAAGUGAGAGAGUCCAGAGACUACAACGUACCACCGAAAAGUUAAGUCGUGUCAAUGAAUUGCAUGCUGUGCGCAGCUCAAAACUGCGAGAAGUAAUGAAUGCACGCCAUCAACGUGGUGAAUCUCGCCAUGAAGCAUAUCUUGCCCAGGUUGCGAAAAGAGCUGGCGAUGAGAGUAUUAAGGUCAGUGAGGUUCGUUUUAUUACAUCACUGAAUGAUGAAACAAAGAAAUUCUUGCUUAGGCAGAAACUUCAUGAUUCCGAAAUGCGGAGAGCUGAAAAGCUACAAGUGAUUAAAACAAAGCAGAAGGAGGACAAUGCAAGGGAAGAGGCUGUAUCAGAACGAAGAAAGUUCCUUGAAGCUGAGAAAAUGCAGCGCCUCGCUGAAAUACAGCGUAAGAAAGAGGAAGCUAUUGUAAGAAGAGAAGAGGAGCGCAAAGCAUCUAGUGCUGCACGAGAAGCAAGGACCGCAGAGCAGCAACGAAGAAAAGAGAUAAGAGUUAAAGCGCAACAAGAGGAAGCUGAACUUUUAGCACAAAAGCUAGCUGAAAAGCUCCGCGAAAGUGAGCAACGCCGGAAGUAUUACCUUGAACAAAUACGUGAGAGAGCUUCAAUGGAUUUUAGGGAUCAGCCUUCACCUUUUCAGCGCCGCUUCCCAAGUAAAGAUAGCCAAAACCGUUCUGUAUCAGCUAAUAGUGGUGAAGAUUCACAAAUAGUAGGCAAUGCCAGCACUGCAGAGUCUAUGGUUAAAUCAUCCAAUUCCACCCAGAUGAAACGAAGGAUUAAAAAGAUCCGUCAGAGAUUAAUGGCUCUCAAGCAUGAAUUUGUUGAACCAGUCAUAGGAGAGAAUACAGGAAUCGCUCAUAGGACUGCUCUAGGAGCUGCCAAAGCUAAGUUAAGUAGAUGGCUUCAGGAAUUGCAGCGACUUCGUCAAGCUAGAAAAGAAGGUGCUCCGAGUAUUGGUUUGAUUGUAGGUGACAUGACAAAGUAUUUAGAAGGAAAGGAUCUCGAACUGCAUGCUACUAGACAAGUUGGUUUGCUCGAUUUCAUUGCUUCUGCUUUACCUGCCUCUCACACGUCAAGGCCUGUAGCUUGUCAAGUCACUGUUUACCUUCUACGCCUGUUGAGAGUGUUGCUCUCGCUUCCAGCUAAUCAAACUUAUUUUCUAGUACAAAAUCUUUUACCUCCGAUUAUUCCCAUGCUAUCUGCAUCACUAGAGAAUUACAUUAAGGUGGCAGCGUCAAACUCUGGAAGUUUGAAUCUUCCGUCAAGUAAAACUUCAACAGAGAACAUGGAGACAGUAGGUGAAGUUUUAGAUGGCUUUUUAUGGACUGUUACCGUGAUUGUUGGUCACACAAAUUUGGAUGAUGAACAACUCCAAAUGCAGGAGGGUCUGAUAGAGCUGAUUGUAGCUUAUCAAAUAAUCCACCGUCUGCGAGAUUUAUUUGCCCUUUAUGACAGGCCCCAGGUGGAAGGAUCCCCACUUCCAUCAUCCAUACUAUUUGGUCUCAAACUUCUGGCUAUUUUAACAUCCAAACUUGGGAACUUCACUACCAUUGACUGGGAGUCCUGCAAAUGCAGAAUUCCAGGUGCUAAUCUGGCUCAUGAAUGCGAAUAUCUUAGCUCACAAGACAUAGGAGCUGGUGACCAGUCGAUGGAACCGGCCAAAUCUGGAGACGCUAAAUUGCGAUCUACGGAGUUUGGUCUUUCGGAAUGUGAUGACUGCGGGUUUAAUAAACGGGUUGAAGAAAAUAAGUCCUCUGAACAACAUGGAUGUUCCGUUCUAGGAGAUGGAACAUUGGAUGAAACUAGAAAAGACUUGUUAGGCCUCUCUACUGGCCUGAAUAACUCAAGGUCCACACUGGGAAUACAAUCAUCUGAUUUGGGAGAUACAAUAGAUCAGCAUUCUGAAAUUCCUAGUCAGAAAGAUGAAAAUAGCACCAUGGAUGGUUGCCUCGAAGGAAGAAAGUUGAAUAACAUAUGUAUAGUUAUGAAUGACAGUCCUGGAAAAGGCAAUGAGAUAAACCUAAAACAAUCUGUUGUGCGUGUACUUUCUGCCAUGGCUGAGACAGGCCUUGUUAGUCUGCCUUCACUUUUGACAGCUGUGUUGCUGCAGGCGAACAACAGAUCAUCAUCUGAACAGGCUUCAGCGAUUCUUCCAUCAAAUUUUGAAGAAGUAGCCACUGCUGUAUUGAAAGUUUUGAAUAAUGUGGCAUGUUUGGACAUCACCCUUCUGCAGUGCAUGCUGGCUAGAUCAGAUCUGAAGAUGGAAUUCUUCCAUUUGAUCAGUUUCCUUCUGAGUCAUUGCAUGAAUAAAUGGAGAGUACCAAACGAUCAGGUUGGUUUACUGCUUCUGGAAUCUCUGCUGCUUCUUGGCUACUUCUCUUUGUUCCAUGCCGGGAAUCAAGCAGUUCUUCGAUGGGGUAAGAGCCCCACAAUACUUCACAAGGUGUGCGACCUGCCGUUUGUUUUCUUCAGCGACCCUGAGUUGAUGCCCAUCUUGGCCGCUGCUCUUAUUGCCGUUUGCUAUGGCUGUGAUCAAAAUAGAAGUGUAGUACUGCAAGAAGUAAGCUCGGAUAUGCUAUGCUCUUUGCUUCGGUCCUGUAGAUCAUCAGGACAGACGGCUUCAGAUUGCAUUGCUACCGGUUGUUCUGGGGCUAACAAUUCCAGUGAUAAUAGCACGCAGAUCUCACUGGAUUUCAGAAACUCACUAGCUGACAUCUCAGUACGGUCAAGCCGCAAAAAUGUGCGUCCAGUUUUAGGAAAAGGCAUUUCAGGGCCCAUCAAACUAAACAGAAAUAAGAAUCAAAAGGAUGCUAGAGGAACAAGAACUGAUGAGGAUGGACCUCUGAAGCAAAGGGCUGGUGAAGCUUCAUCGGCUUUUAUGUUGCAUAGAAAAAUUCCAGCUUAUUUCUUGGACAGAGCAGAAGAGUUCUUCUGCAGCGGAACAGAAUACAACACUGAAUAGCACAGGCUGACCGAGUUAUGCAAAAAGAUACUUCCGACCACUUCCGAUCCAUAAUCCCCAACACUUAAUGGAUCGGAGGGCGUGCUGAAUUUGGGUUUUCUCAGUGAUGGUGCGCCAGGCUAAUGCAUCAUGAGGCAACGACACCUGGCAAUGAUGAUUCCAGCAUUUGAUUGUACAGUUUUUGAAAAGGGAAUGCCCGUUUUCAAUAGGCUGGUUCGGAGUUACCUGGCCUGUUACUUUUUUGGUCGAAUCUUGGGGCUAGAGACACAACGGCGUCAGAAGUUGUUACGUAGAGAAUGAGCUUGCUAUGCGAUACAGCGUUGUGUAUGCCUCAAAUGCCUGUUUCUUCAAAAGAAUUGUAUAGAAAAAAAACUACUGUAUCAAUUCUAAUAAACAAAAUCUGGCGUCAACAAAGCCACAUAGUGAAGAACUGUUAUAAGUUAUACUCCAUAUGUUGUCGUUUGGGUCAAAGCUUCAGUUCAAAGUUUA